UUCGAUCAUGCGAGUCGUCAUCGCCAUGAUUUCAGAUCGAGAGGCCCGAAAUCCUUAAUUUAGUAACUGGAUUUGUCAGCCGCGUCGCUUCGUUCUUGCCAACGCCUCCACGUAUCUGGGCCCGACUACCACCAUUCGACGCGCAUAGGUACCGGGCAUGUCCAGGCGGUGUCAGCGAAGAUCGGGCACGAGGAGUUGAGGUAAAGGGCAGGACGAUGCGGAACCAGGGCAGAAUGUGCGGCCCUCGACUUCGACACAGGGUUUCCGCAUGCAAAUGCAGGGUUUUCGUAGGAGGUGGAAAUGAACUAGGACAUGUGUACCAGGAUGGACCUGGGGCUCCCUACCGUCGUCGCCUGACCUGUUUUGGCCAAUUUGGGUAUCUUCGGACGGCGCAUCCCUUCUUACCUCACCUUUCCAUUGUGUUCAAUCCUACUCCAAUACAUACUAUCCCCUCCGAGAACACCAAAUCUCAUGAUCUAUUGCUUGUUGUCGUCAAUAUGAGGAUUCACCCUCCAUCCCAGUCUCACCAACGAACCCCUCUCAAUCGAAGCCAAAUCUUCGUGUCCAAUGGACCUCCGGCGCUCGCUGCGCUCGCACGUUGUUGUGGCUCGCAACGCAGUUGGUACAGCCCCGCUACUGCCGCCGCCGCCGCCGCCUCCACCAGCUGGCCCUCCAACUAUUGAAACUACCCUCUUUGCUGAAUCUACCGAGACAUCGCCCGACCUGAUCAACAUUGACAAUGACGAUGAUGAAGACAAUAUUCCGGAACAAGAGUUGAAUCCUGAUGACUUUGUUAAUACUCCGAUGGAAGAUUUAGAUAUGGAAGUUCGCUUGGAGUUGGCAGGGAUCGUCGUUCGGGACAAGACGAUGUCCUUGCGUCGGGCAGCUGUCCAUUACGCUGUUCCUCGCUCAACGCUCUCUCGACGCAUCAACGGGGCCCAGACUCAUCAAGACAGCCAUGAGAACCAGCAGCUCCUGACGAAGGCCACUGAGGCCGUUCUCAUCCAAUGGAUCAAGAUCUUUGGGGAACGUGGCAUGCCAAUGUCUCUGAAAACGGUCGAGGAUUAUGCGACGCAGUUGGCAGGACGACCAGUGGGAGGGAAAUGGGCUCAACGAUUCAAAAACCGCCAUGCUGAUCAGUUACGCGUUCGCUGGACACAACAUCUUGAGAAAUGCCGCGCAAACAACCUGAACGCAACCACGGUCAACAACUACUUUGAUCUGCUCACCGACGUUGUCACCAAGUACGAGAUCAAACCGGCAAACACCUACAACAUGGACGAGAAGGGAAUUCAACUCGGGGUCUCUGGCCGCUCGCAAGUUCUGGUCGACCGUGACCAGAAGGUUGUUCGACGUGUAACCAAUGGGGAUCGAGAGCUUGUCACUGUCAUCGAGACUCUCUGUGCAGAUGGCUCGGCACUGGCUCCGACCAUCAUCUUUCGUGGCGCCCGGAGAGAUGCCAAUUGGAGCAAGGAGAACCCUUGUGGAGCAAGCAUCGCUGUCUCACCUCGCGGGUGGACUGAUCAACAUUUGGGAUCGCUCUGGCUCGAGAAAACUUUUCAUCCCGAAAGUCUCGCACGAUUGGAAGACCCCAGCGAAUAUCGUCUCCUUGUCCUCGAUGGGCACAAUAGUCACUGCACCUUUCGCUUUGCCAGCUUUGCUGAAGAGCACCGCAUCAUUAUUCUUUGCCUACCUCCUCACACGACCCAUGCCCUUCAGCCGUGUGAUGUCGGUGCCUUCAAGCCACUUUCAUCGUUCUGGAAAAAGGAAGUUCAGGAGUUGAAUGCACGAGGCCAACAAGUCACAAAAUACAAUCUGCUUGCAAUCUAUUCUGCCGCCCGAGCACAGGCAUUCAAGCACGAUACGAUACAGAACGCCUUCCGACGUAGCGGGAUUCACCCUUUGGAUCGAACUGCAGUACCUCAGCAUGAAUUUGAGCCUGCGAAGCUGUUCUCAACCGAAGCUUCCGUUCCUUCCAUUCCUCCCCCACCAGGCUUGUUCCGGGCACCAACUCCUGUAGUUCAAUCCAGUCCCUGUCAUACACACGAAUCCACCAUUUCGUACCGAUUCCCAUCGUCGUCUGGGAGUCCAUCCCCUCCCCCCAUCGUACCAUCGUCGCCCGAUCUGGCGCAUCAAAACCAACCCGGGCCCUCCGACCCCUACCUCGCCCUCCCACCGCCUGAAGACGAGAUCCCCGACCUCGACGAACUGCCCUCCGAACAACCACCCUCGCCUCCACCUCACACGCCUGCCCCUACCAUGUCAGGGCAUCACCGCAUCACCCUCGCCGCCAACCCCCCCUACUUCGAUGGCGACAAGUCCAAAUACCUGGGCUUUGUGGACGCGUGCACCACUUACAUCGGUGCCUAUAGAUCGGAGUUCUCACAAGAUGAGACCAAAAUCCUCUUUGUCCUCUCCUACCUCCGUAACGAGAACGGCACGAGCUGCGCUGCCUCGAGAUGGGCGAUGAACUGGAAGCAGCACAACUUCGAUGGCUUCCAGGGACUGAAGGCAGGAGUCACAUCAAAGAACUUCCUGGAGGAGUUUCAGAGGGCGUUCGGGGACUCCAAUGCGGAACAAGUCGCCGCUGCCCGGCUUAUGGCCCUGCGUCAAAACAAACGAUCCUUCGCGGACUACAUCUCCGACUUUGAGAUGUUGGCCGCGGAUGCAGGCUACAAUGUGGUUGACACCACCGACGACAAAGGCGAAUACAAGAAGGGGGACCAGGAUAAUAUCCUCAUCGAGUUCCUGGAGCGCGGACUCAGCAGCGAGAUCGCCAGCCGUCUCUACAACACCGGUGUCCCUCUGCCCAAGGCCUAUGGAGCGUUCAAAGCCUGGUGCAUCAACAUCGAAGCCAAUGCUCUGCGUGACCAGCUGCGCAAAGUGUCGUAUGGGCACCCCACACAACGACCACCUCCCCAGUUCCGUCCCCAAACGGCACCAGUGGCGCCCACACCCGCUCCGGCCCGACCCGCUGCCAACGAACCGGUUCCGAUGGAAAUCGAUCGUACCCACGCCCGCGGCCGCAAUAUCAUCUGCUACAACUGUCAGCAGCCCGGGCACAUUGCGCGGAACUGCCCGGAGCCCAAGAAGAAGCGCACGUUCUUCAAUCGGGCCACAAUGCUGGAAGAAAUCGAGAACGGGGACAAGGACAACGAGUUCCUGAAGGAGAUUGCCGAGAAGCUGCGCGAGAAGGGUUUUUGA